AUGGGGACGAAGGAAGUACAGAAUUGGCAAGCUGCUACCAAAAUGAGCAAUCAAAUGUCUACUACUUCAGCUCUCCGUCGUCUGCAAGGCAUCUUCGCCGGACACCAGCAGAUAGCAGCAAUAAAUCAACCCAUUACUACUUGUUCAAAACCCACCAAUCGCUCUGCUCAAGCAAUUGUAGACUCUUUCAAAAAAUCAUCUGAAUGCCCCCAAUUCCGACGCAAUCGCUUCCAUUAUGAAACCGCCGUUCGCCAACUAACGGAAGCCAAACACUUCUCCGGCAUUAUAGAUAUCAUCGAACAUCAAAAAAACUACCCGGAUAUACGUAACGAAUCCUUUGUAGUCCGUUUUAUUCUUCUAUGUGGGAAGGUGAAGAUGGAUCAUCGUGCACCGUAUCUUAAGUCAGAGAAAUACCAUAAAAUUGGCGACUUGUUUCGCGAAUUGCCCUCGAAAUUGUCGAUUGAGCCUGAUUUGGUGUCGUAUAACACCGCGAUUAAGGCCAUGUGUAAGGCUGGUUGGUUGGAUUCUGCUGUGUCUUUGAUGGAUGAGAUUGAAAGUCCUGGGAUUAAGCCGAAUAUUGUGACUUGUAACACGUUAUUAAACGCAUUUUAUGAAAAUAGAAGGUUUUCCGACGCUGAUAAUUUGUGGGAUAUGAUGGAAAAGAAAAAUAUUAUCCCUAAUCUUUGCAGUUGUAAUAUUAAGUUAAUUAGUUUGGUUAUAGCUAACGAGGUUUCAAAGGCGAAUCAGUUCUUCGAUGAGAUUGUUAACAAGGGUUUCAAACCGGACGCGUUUAGCUACAACACUAUGAUUAAAAUGGGUAUUACUCAGGGGAAUCUGGAGGAGGUCAAAAUGUGGUAUGAGAAGAUGUUGCAAAAUGAUUGCCUUCCGGAUCUUAAACCGUUUACAAUGCUUGUUACUUUUGCUUGUAGCUCCAAAGAUUUUGAUUUUGCACUGCGUUUGUGCAAGAAAGCAAUGAAGUCACAUAAAGCUAUUUGUAAUAGAAUAAUGCAGAGGGUUGUCGAUGGCUUGGUUGAGCAUUCUAAGAUUGAAAAUGCGAAAGAGCUGGUUAAGUUGGCCGAGUCUUGUGGGAGCUUCCGGUACAAGCUUUCCUUGCCUUCACAUAACUAG